AUGACGUUGGAGGAAAACCAGGAAAUGCAGAGUGUAGCAAGGGAAGAGCCACAAAAUAAGACGGAUACGGAGAACCAAGCUGUUAACCAAGUGGGGGAAUUGAUACCUGUCAUGGGACCAGUUUCCCUAUCUGAUUCUGAAGCCAUUGCGGAACCUUUUGUCAAUAAGCAGUGUAUGGUUCGGUUUCAGAAUAGACUGGAGUUUGGGGGAGGUAUUUCUAAUGAGGAGGCUGGAGGAAAAUUAUGGGUGCUGUGGAAUACCAAGGUAAAGGUUACCGUUCAAUCCAUCAAGGGUCAAAGUAUCUCGCUAAUGGUUGAAGAGAAGAACAAACAAAUCCUCGCAUCUUUUGUCUAUGCUAAAUGUUCAUACCUGGAUUGUAGAAGACUUUGGGAGGAUUUGAGCUUGUUGAGUACUAGAAUCACACCUUGGAUAAUUAUGGGAGAUUUUAACAUUAUCCGUAAUAAUGAUGAGAGGAUUGGAGGAAGGCCCAGACCGACCAUUGCUAUGAGGGAAUUCAAUGAUUUUAUUGAUGCGGUGGGUAUGAUUGAAACAAAGUUUGAAGGAAAUAAGAUGUCGUGGUGUAAUGGGCAGCAAGGAAGAGCUCGUAGCUGGGCAAGACUGGAUCGUUCUUUCAUUAACUCGAAACUAAUGUUGGAAUUUCCAGGUUUGGGGAUGACCUAUUUGCCUAGGCAAAACUCAGACCAUUCCUCGCUAGUGGUGGCCAUGGAGAAAAAUGAUAAACCGUAUGGGUUCAGCCCCUUCAAAUUCCAGAAUAUGUGGACCUCUCAUGAGCUAUUCCAUGACUGUGUGCGAGGUGUUUGGUGUAAGGAUCAGGUCGGACAAGGAAUGGCUAGGUUGGCAAAUAAAUUAAAGGCUGUUAAAGGGGUGCUGAGAAGGUGGAACAAGGAGGUUUUUGGUUGGACCAAUUCUCAUAUUCAGGGGCUUGAGGAACGAAUAUGUGGCCUGGAAGAAAAACUUCAGAUGGGAUUUUCUGAAGAUGUUGAACUGGACCUGUUAGCAUCAAAGGCUGAGCUGCAUACAUGGGAGAGUAGGGAGGAAACGAGGCUUGCCCAACAAGCCAAGCAAAGAUGGCUUGAGAAGGGUGAGGGUAAUGCCCAAUUCUUCCGUGCUCUGUCUUCUAGAACCCAUAGGGUGGUAAGGGAGAUGGAAAUAGGUGAUAACAGAUGGUUGAGGUCCCCUGAAGAGGUUCAUGAGGGUGUUGUUGAAUUUUUCAAGAAUUUUCUGGCAGAAUCCCAUUUAAGUCCUGCUCCUAAUUUGACUAGUUUAGUUGAACCUGUGGUGAGUUUAGCGGAAAAUCUGAAUAUUCUAGAGCUUCCUUCAAUUCAAGAGAUAAAAGAUGUCGUCUUCUCCAUCCCCAUUGAUAGUAGUCCGGGGCCAGAUGGUUUUGGCUCAGGAUUCUUUAAAGCCUGUUGGGAGAUCCUUGCUGAAGAUGUUGUCGCUGUUGUCCAUGACUUCUUUAGAGGUAAUCCAAUCCCAAAAUAUUUCUCUUCUUCUUUUUUGGUGUUGAUUCCAAAGAUCGAAAAUCCAAAAAGCUUUGACAAGUUUCGCCUCAUAAGCCUUUGUUCAGUUUUUUAUAAAACUUGUUCAAAGCUCUUAGUGGGUUGGUUAGCACCACUGCUACCUCGCAUUGUCUCCCAAGAACAAGGAGCUUUUAUUCAGGGUAGAAGCAUCUUGGAGAAUAUUAGCUUGACGCAAGAGAUGGUUCAGUCCAUUAAUAAAAAAGUAAGAGGUGGAAAUGUAGUUCUUAAAAUCGACAUGGCUAAGGCAUACGACUCUGUUGCCUGGAAAUUCCUCAUUCAAGUCAUGGCAGCCUUUGGUUUCUCUGAACCGGAGAUCCUGACAAGACUUUUAAAGAAGAAGUUCCAAGAAGGCAAGAUCAAACCUUUUACUCAUGCUAGAGAGGUCCCUACUAUAUCUCAUCUCUUGUACGCAGAUGAUAUUGUAAUAUUUUCAAAUGGCUGUAAACAGUCCAUUCGGUCCAUUUCUGAGGUGCUGGAGUUAUAUGAAGCUUGGUCUGGCCAGAGGGUGAAUAAGGAAAAGUCUGCAAUUUUUUUUGCUAAUCAUUUCUCCGCUUCAAGGCGCAGGGCUAUUUUAAAUUACAUGGGUUUCUCAGAGGGUGGACUGCCUUUUAAAUACUUGGGGGUACCUAUCAUAGCUGGGCGAAUAAAGGCCAUUCAUUUUGAGGAGUUGAUUGGAAAAAUCAGAGAGAAAAUUGGAGGAUGGCCGGCGAGAUUGUUGUCAAGUGGCGCAAGACUGCUGCUAAUUAGACAUGUGCUUAGUAGCAUUCCAGUUCACCUGUUAUCAGUGCUGCAAGUCCCAAAAUCUGUCCUCUCCAGCAUCAAUAAGUGUUUGUCUGAUUUUUUCUGGGGCUACAAGGAUGGAAAGCCUAAAAAGCAUUGGAAAUCUUGGGACAUUAUGUGUAAGCCGGUAGGGAAGGUGGUGUGGGGAUUCGUGAUUUGCAUGAAACUCAGAAAGCACUACACAUGA